UUUCCUCACCGAAAUCACCUCAGCUGUGGACCAUUGGUCUAUGUAGUUCUCGCUAGUCAUCUUGUUUAUUUGACUCGUUUGUAGAGUGUAGAUCAUAAAUAAUAUCACCGAAGCAUCACAUAAAGAGUGGGAAGAUAUUAAUCUAUUAUUUAGCAAGAUAAAGCUUGGCAAGGGAUUAUCAGUCACUGCAUUAUUAGUGUACAGUCUGCGGUGGAUUGAAAAACAGACGGAUAGUGAUCGCCAUGGCGUUUCUUGUUAUUCUUUGCACGGUUCUAAUCACAAUGUUAACUAGUGUGUAUGUGCUUUUUAAAGUUCGGUAUCGUUACUGGGCAAAACGUGGUGUGCCGUGUUUAGAACCAAUAUUUCCAUUCGGGUCUCUGCAGCGAAGUGGGAAACGACGUCAUAUAAAGGAUACAUUAGAUGAGACUUACCAAGAGUUUAGCGGAAAGGAACCGCUGGCUGGGUUGUAUUUUUUCACUGACGCCGUCCUCAUGGUGCUAGAUCUUGAUCUCAUCCAUAAUAUGCUCGUCAGAGACUUCAGCAAAUUCCACGAUCGUGGCUUGUUCUAUAAUGAACGAAGUGAUCCACUGUCAGCCAACCUACUUACUCUGGAGGGACAUAAGUGGAAGGUGCUUAGGUCCAAGCUAACACCAACUUUCACGUCAGGAAAAAUGAAGUUCAUGUAUCCAACAAUAUUGGGAGUGAUGGAUCAAUUUGAUCAAACCUUACGAGAGAUAUUGAAGACCCAAAAAGAUGUCGAAAUCAAAGAACUUCUGGCGAGAUUCACAACGGAUGUGAUAGGAACUUGCGCCUUUGGCAUCGAAUGUAACAGUUUGAAAGACCCAAAUACGGAGUUCCGGAAAGUAGGACGAACUGCAUUCGAGAAAACCCGGCAUGGACUUUUUGGACGGGCAUUUCUUGGACAAUUUCCGCGAUUAUCACGAAAACUUGGUUUGAAAACUACAAGGGAUGAUGUUAGUGACUUUUUCAUGAAAGUCGUCCGGGAAACUGUUGAGUUUCGCGAAAAGAAUAACGUUCGACGAAAUGAUUUUAUGGAUAUUCUUAUUCAAUUGAAAAAUGGAGGCAACGGAAAUGGGGAUUCUAAGGAUGGUGAAGCGAAAUUGAGUUUUGAGGAAAUUGCAGCACAGGCUUUCAUAUUUUUCCUGGCCGGAUUCGAAACGUCGUCAACAAAUAUGACAUAUUCUCUAUAUGAGUUGGCCAAGAAUACGGAAAUACAAGAAAAGGCCCGUCGUGAAAUUAAUGAAGUUCUGGAGAAACAUAGCGGAGAAUUCACUUACGAUGCUAUGAUGGAAAUGACUUAUAUUGGACAUAUCAAUAAUGAAUCCUUACGCAAAUACCCACCAGCCAGCCUGCUUAUAAGAAAAUGCAACUGUGAUUAUCAAAUUCCCAACUCAGAUAGAAUUAUCGAGAAAGGUACUCGCGUUCUUAUACCUGCCUAUUCGAUUCAUCGCGAUCCUGAUAUCUGGCCGGACCCAGAAGUUUUUGACCCAGAACGUUUUGCACCGGAACAAGUUAAAGAGCGUCACCCAAUGGCAUUUUUAGGUUUUGGCGAUGGACCUAGAAAUUGCAUAGGAGCAAGAUUUGGGCAGAUGCAAUCUCGAAUUGGCCUGGUAUCAUUGCUGAGGAACUACCGAUUUGAAAUAUGUGACAAAACACCAACUGUUCUGGAAUAUUCAAUGACGACUCCGAUUUUAACCCCUAAAGGUGGAUUAUGGCUAAAAGUUGAAGCUAUAGAACAAUUGUGACGUUUUGAGUAAGAUGUACUUUUGCGUUUGUUUCAGAUUAAUAAAGGUAUGGUGUAUCAAAUUA